AUGUCUUUCGCCGGUGUAUCUGUCGUCGGCGAAGGCCAGGGUUCGCGUUCCACCUCGGCCAUCACCGCCGCCGGCGCCUCCGUCACGGACAGCGGGUACCACCUGCUUGUGGUCGACGGGUACUCGCGCAUCAAAGGCGACACCCCCAAUGGCCAGUGCAUAGAAUCUCAACAAUUCAUUGUCGGAGGCUGUCGCUGGUUCAUCGAGUACUACCCUAAUGGCUCUGAGUCAGAAAAACCAGGCUACAUGUCUUUCUUUCUCGUCCUCGAUGAAGAAGAUAAUAUUCCCGAGCCUAUGAUGGUUCCGUACGAGUUUAGCUUCAUUGAUCAGUGGGGCUACCCAUGCUUCAUGAGAAGAAAGGACUUGGAGCGAUCGAAACAUCUCAAGAACGACAGUUUCACGAUAAGGUGCGACGUCAUCGUCCCCAGGGAUGCAAACACGCGUUCAUCCUGUGUUGUGGUGUCACCAACGCCUGGUAUUCAACAGCACCUCGGUAGUCUCCUCCUGUCCGGUGAGGGCGCCGACGUGACGUUUGAGGUCGGCGGUGAGACGUUCAUGGCCCAUCGCUGCGUGCUCGCUGCUCGGUCUUCUGUCUUCAAGGCCGAGCUCUUUGGCUCCAUGAAGGAGAGCACAACCACGAGGAUCAUACGCAUAGACGACAUGGAAACAGAAGUGUUCAAGUUAUUGCUUAGUUUCAUCUACACUGACUCGGUGCCAUAUGACGACGACGGCGACGGCGACGACGACGACGACGACGAAAAUGCUGUAGUGAUGUGGCAGCACUUGUUUGUGGCGGCAGAUAUAUAUGAUCUCGAGAAGUUUUGGCUGAUAUGUGAAGAAAACUUGUGCAAAUACAUCAACACGGACACGGUGGCGACCAUCCUUGCAUUGGCUGAGCAACACUAUUGCCAAGGGCUGAAGGAGGCAUGCUUGGACUUCCUCAGCUCCCCAGAAGAACUGCAGAAGGUUAUGGUGAAUGACGGCUUGGAUCAGCUGACUACCAGCUGCCCCUCUAUCCUGAAAGAGCUCAUCACCAAGCUUGUGUCGCUUAUGCUUAAUAACUCUAAGUAA